AUGCCUCUUGACAACAUACGGAACAUCCUUCUCGUGCUCUCCGGCAAAGGCGGAGUCGGAAAAUCAAGCGUCACUACCCAGCUCGCCCUUACCCUAUCGUUACAAGGACAUUCGGUCGGUGUUUUGGAUAUAGACUUGACAGGCCCGAGUAUACCGCGCUUUUUUGGUAUCGAGAAUGAAAAAGUAAGGCAAGCGCCUGGUGGCUGGAUACCGGUGGAUGUACACGGUGAGCAGACAUUGGCUACGCAUAAGAGAGUGGGCGAAGAGGAUGGAAGCACAACGGAGCAAACAGAAGGAGGAGAGGCGGCUGCAGAUGGCCAAAAGAUUGGAUCUUUAUCCUGCAUGUCACUAGGCUUCAUCUUGGCCUCGCGCUCCGAUGCUGUAAUCUGGCGCGGCCCUAAGAAGACAGCCAUGGUUCGCCAGUUCCUCACCGACGUCCUAUGGCCACCGCUCGAUUACCUCCUCAUCGACACGCCGCCCGGUACCUCCGACGAACACAUCUCUCUGCUCGAAACACUGUUGAAGAACACCACACCCUCUCCCGCUCUCAACCCGUAUCUCCCCUUCCUGGCCGGCGCCGUCGUGGUCACGACCCCACAAGCCAUCAGCGUCAGCGACGUCAAGAAGGAACUCAACUUCUGCAAGAAGACCGGCAUCAGAGUCCUUGGCGUAGUAGAAAACAUGGCCGGCUUCAUCUGCCCAAACUGUUCGGAAUGCACAAACGUUUUCAGCAAGGGCGGCGGAGCCGUCAUGGCAACAGAGUUCGAAGUCCCUUUCUUGGGUUCUGUACCGAUUGACCCGGCGUUUGUGGAAUUGGUCGAGAGCGGGACAAGGCCGGUGUAUCCCAAGGGUACGGUGUUGCAAGGGAAGGAGAUGGAUACUGAAGAAGUUGCGGCUUUGAAGAGUAAGGAUGGCCUUUUUGUGGACAAGUAUCGGGAUUGUUCGUUGGCGCCACUUUUUGAGGAAUUUGUGACGAGGUUGAAGGGAGAUAUUGGGAGGAUUCAGUGA